CUCGGUCAACUUUUCGCCGGUAUCAUUUCGAGGCGCCAGUUUACUCAAAAAGAUAUGCCUUAAUGCCAUCCCGUGCUUUUGGUAGUAUUCGGCGCCUUUCUGGCGCUGAUCUCCCGGUUCUUCCUUUCCUAGCGCCUAGGUUUGCCAGACAAUUGCACCUUGAUCAGGAAUCGUAUCGCAAUUUCGCUACACAUCGACGCAACAAUGGAUCUCGAGUCCGCAUCAGGGAGAAUGAACCCUCUCUUCGAAGCCACGAGCCUUUAGAGCGAAGCCAUAGCCAAUGGAGGGGGGCGAGACGGUCUUUGGCUACUUCAGCGUCGAGAAACGCUGUGGAGGCUUCUUCAGUUGCGGCGUUUUCUGAAGAGCCUCCGAUUGGAUCGCAACUUCCAAAUAACGGCUUUCUGGGUGCCGACGGGGAACAGGAACACCCGCCUGCUUCAUUUCGAGGCCGGGACUACGUUUCUCUCCCUAGAUUUGAGACACCUCCAAGAUAUGUUUCGUUGAAGCCGACGUACACCACGUCAGAUUUCAGCAACCCGCCUAUCCUCGAAUCUCUUUCUACGGAAUGGACUCGUGCAUUCUCGGCCAUCAAUUCCGAAUACGAUCAUCACAAUGUUUCGUCUGCACUCCGCCGACCGGUGAAAUUUCACCGAAAUAAGGAGCAUUGGGUGGAAGGCAUACUGGCCAGCGGAUUUGACCGAAAAGGCAUGUCAGAGGAGUGGAGGGAAUUGAGCGAUUCUGCACGCAGGCAACGCUGGCCUCAUAUCAUGCUAUGGUCAUUGCAGCAUUCUCCAGAGUAUGCCCUUGUUUUCUUGGAAGCAACGCAUAUGGCCCCUUUUCCGCCAGGCUAUGCGGUCGCCGACAGUCUUGAUCACAUCAUUAGCUAUUAUUUUCAAGGCAAGGAUGCCAUUGAAGAGAAAGUUAUUGAUGAACUCAUCCGAGCCAUUUGCUUGCUUUUAAAUCGAGGCCCGUCGCCUGUGCCUGAUCUGCAUCAGCAGACAAUAUAUCGGCUUCUGCAACGUUGCACGGAAAAGCAGGCAAUCACACUAUAUGACGCAUUAAAUACAGCCAAAGUACCCCUACAUGAAAAUACUCUUCUACAAUUCGCCGCCUUCUUUUCACGAACGGCACACUUUGGGCGGGCUACUCGAGCACUUCAAUUGCUCGCUCAGCAGGAAGCGGAUUUGUCGUCGGAUAAGGUCCUCAGCGUUUCUGUCACAUUACUACGCAAGAGUGCGGAGCAAGGCAAUGGUUACAGUCUAAGUUCGCGGAUCCUCGCAGAGCUUCUUGAAAUUGGCCUGCGCCCCAAUCUCGUUGUUUACAAUGUCAUCAUGCUCAAUGCGUUUGAGGCUGGCGACUCUGCGACUGGCUGGCGUGUCCAUGACCUGCUACUCAAGAAUGCUGUCAAACCAGACAAAUUCACAUAUUCUAUUCUCAUGAAGGAAGCCAAGGCCAGCGCCAAUAUCGAAGUCAUCAACCGCAUCGCCACGAAUGCGAGAAAUGACGGUGUUUUAUUCAAUAAUCCACAUGUCAUCACGGAACUCCUUGGCGCCAUUUAUGCCUUUCACAAAAAGCGAAAGCGCACGCGGGCUGAUGCUUUCCAGGCGCUUCUCUCUGCAUUCAAAGCAUUUUUUGAUAUUCAGCCUCUCGUGGAUCUCGGCCUCGCUCCUGUAACUUCUCAGCCAAGCUCAACUCCAGAAAGCGUCGACAGUGCCACUGAAAAGAUUGAACCUAUUUAUGAGACAGGAGCCCAAAAGGAUGCAGGCUUCUCUCCAAUGCAAGCUUCUCCUCAAUCUCUCACUAUCAUGUUGACAGCUUUUCUCGAGCGCUGUCCCUCUCACAAACUUAUUUCCCAACUUUUUACUCGGUACCGUGAGCUUAUCGAUCAGGGUCAUCCUCUCAUCUCACAGCUCGCCGAGACAGAUCACACGGCAAAUUGUUUUCUCAAAGGUCUUGGCAGGUUCUCCGAAACUCUUCACCUCUGUCCAAUGGUAAUCGAGCAAAUGCUUGGACCGCCUACGGACUCUUCCCAGUCUUCUUCACACCAUGGCUCUCCAGUUGGCACUGGACACAGGGCGGAGCCUACAGUUCAGACUUGGUCCAUUCUCCUCUACGCCUUUCACCGCCACGGUCAACCCGCGGCUGCUGAAAAAGUUCUUAGCAUGAUGAGCAAGCGUGGAGUGUGUGCGAAUCAAGUUACUUGGAAUUCGCUCGUGAAUGGGUACGCUCAGAUGCAGGACGUUGAGGGUGUCGUGAGUGCAAUGAAGCGAAUGGAGCAGGAAGGGUGGGAAGUAGAUAAUUGGACGCUUGAAGGUCUAGGCAAGGUCGUAGAUCGAAAGAGCUUGAUGGAUGCGUUUGAGGAUGCAGAGCAUGGUGCACGGAAUGAAGAUGGUCAUGUGGAUGGGAGUCAUGAUUCCGACACUCCAUUGAUUACGGUGCAAUCAGAUGUGAAUCCUGAGCAUAGUAACGGGACACCUCUGUCAGACGCUACAACUGAAGGACGUCUUGCUGAAGAUCCCAAUGUGGCUCUGGAAGACCUGGGUAAUAAGAGCAAGAGUGAAACCAGUCUGCCCUAGCCGUCGCACAUUUCUACCUUUGGGGAAAGAUGAAUCCGUUUAGAUAAGAAUCAUUUCUAUGUAUAAUAUUUUAAUACUAGUAAAACGUAUUUCCGUGGAAACAGAAACUCAAUACAGUCC